AUGGAACCUUUUAUGCUCUUUGCAUGCAUAAUAAUUUCAAUUUUGUGCUUGCAAAAUAUUUAUGUUCAAGUUAAACGUCGCGCUCAAAUUUUAAUAUGGUAUAGCAUCUCAAAUUCUAUAAUGUCCGUCUCCUUCGUCCUCGCUGGCAUAUUUCUUCCAAACGAUUUUAGCCUCGAAAAUGCCUCAACCUUUGAAAGUGUUUGGUGUGGUAUCAGUGGCCUCCUGUAUUCUCUUUCUUCUAUUUCAAAUUAUGGUGUAGCAUUAGCUCUAUCAACUGAGCUUUAUAUGUCUUUAGGCUUUGCAACUCCCGUCACAAAACGAAAUGAUGUCAAAAUAAGGAGGCUUAAUUUUUUUUUAACUGUCGUGAUACCGAUAGCGAGCAUUGCAUUGAGCUUAACGAUGUUAGCUGUGCAUCAUAAUCCUAUAUUUGCGGUGAUCGAUACGGGUGGCAUUUGUUCAGUCUCUCGGCAUAGCGACUAUAGAAUUCCUUUAUUUUUUGCAAGAACCGUUCCUGAAUUCUUACCAAUUUAUCCUGCAUGUGUUUUAUCUGUUAUUACUGUAAUCCCUGUCGCCAGAAAAGUUUACCGUACCUAUCGUUUUCGAGAAACAUUCGCGCUUCCUUGGCAACCCAGAAUUUCCCCUAAACCUAGUCAAAUACGCAGCACGCGUGCAGGUCCACCACCAAACACUGCGUCUUCCUCUCCAAAACCAACUAUUCCACGAAAUGUACUUCUCCGUAUGGCUUCAUGGUGUUGCCUAUUACUCAUAUCAGGAAUACCCAUAGCAACAAUAAACCUUAUUGAAAAUAUUCAUUACGUAAUAUAUAAUGUUACGUACAAAAUAAUCAAUAAUUCAUUUUGGGACAGAAAUGGUGUUACUUUACAUAUGUGUGUGAGCAUGAUUUUAUUUUUAUUAUGCUUUGGAACUGGUGAAUUUGCUACCGAACAAUAUGGAAUACUCUGGACCAAAAUUCUUGGUUUUAUUUGUUGCAGUCCAUCCAAAAUUCAAAGUCAUCAAAUAGAGAUUGAAGUGGUUUAUACGGAUUUUGAUAUGACAAGUCCCAAUUAUUCUUCUUCAAUACCAACUUCCUUCAUCGCCUCUCCUCAGGUUGCAUACGUUCGUUCUACACCAAUAGAAUAUACUUAUGUAACUCCACCAAUUGAUAAAAAGUAUCUGACUGGUGCAAGAGCCGGAUGGGUACCUUCCAAAAGUGUGCUAUGUCAACAGUGUCAAAAUCCUAUUAAAUCAAAUUCAACCCAUAAUCAUCCAAAAACUAUUAGACAAACUUCUUUAAAUGAACAUUCUGGUAUUUCAUCACAAUGCACUAAACAAAGCAGCGAUAUAUCUAAUGCCGGAUCAACAUCUGGUCAAGUUCUUAUAACUAUCCCGGAGGAGGCAAAAUUAGGCUCGUAA